AAAAAAAUCAAGCAUAAAUGUUUUCACUUUUUUAGCUUUUGUUUUCUCUCUCUCACUCUCUCUUUCUCUCUCACUCUGUCUAAAGUUCAAUCAUUAAAGUCCAAUUACCACCACAACCGCCACCGUCAACACCGACGGAGCAAACUAAUCAAACCAAUCAACAAAUCAAAGCUGUAACAACAGAGGAAACAACAAGAUGAGCGGUAAACAGCCGAUGAGAAUAGACUUGGACGAGAUGCCGGAGACCCCACACCACCGUGGGAUCUACCACCGUAGGGCCCACUCCGACACCUCGUUUCGCUUCGACGACCUUCUCCUCUUCGACCCUUCCGACCUCGACCUGUCGUCGCUCGACCUCCUCCCUUCGCCCAAUCCUACUCCGCCACGUGUCCAAACCAUGUCGGUUGAUUCCUCCGACGAUUCCUCAUCGAACAGCCACCAAAACAACAACAACAACAAUAGCAGUCAAAACCCUCCGAAGCCGAAGCCUAUUAAUCACCUCCGGAGUCUAUCCGUUGACUCUGAUUUCUUCGACAGCUUGGGUUUCACCGCCGCUGCCGGGGGCAGUGGCGGGAAGAGUGCGGCGGUUGGGGGAGGAGUAGGAGGAGGAGGAGAGAAGAGGAGCCACCAUAGGCAUAGUAAUUCGAUGGAUGGGAGUAGUGCGACGUCGUUUGAGAUUGAUUCUGUUAUUGGAGAUGGUGUCAAGAAGGCUAUGGAUCGUGAUCGCCUCGCUGAAUUGGCUCUUAUUGAUCCCAAGAGAGCUAAAAGGAUUCUUGCUAAUAGGCAAUCUGCAGCACGCUCGAAGGAGAGGAAAAUAAGGUAUACUAGUGAGCUAGAGAGGAAGGUGCAGACACUUCAAACCGAAGCAACCACACUGUCAGCUCAGGUCACCAUGUUGCAGAGAGACACUACUGGGUUAACAGCUGAGAAUAAGGAACUCAAACUGCGAUUACAAGCUAUGGAACAACAAUCACAGCUUAGAGAUGCUCUGAAUGAAGCGCUAAGGGAAGAAGUACAACGCCUUAAAAUAGCUACAGGCCAGAUUCCAGCAGUGAACGGAAGCCCUUUCGGCAGAGGACUACCUCCUCAAUUUUCCACCCACCAGCCAGCCUUACAUCACUUUGGUGGGCACCAGACUCAGCAGCAUCAACAACAGCAGCAGCAGCACCAACAACAGCAGCAGCAGCAGAUACCGCCGUCAUCCACCAACAAUCAGACGCUGAGCGGGCAGUCACACCCAAGCUUCAUGGACUUUAACCAGAGGGUCUAGCUUCAUUCAAGGCACUUGAUUAAUGGUGUUAUCUAAUCCUUUUAAGUAGUAGAAGAUGAGGGUUUUUUUUUUUUUCCUUUUCUUUUUUGUAUAUAGAAAUGUGUAUAUGUGUUGCAGGUUGUGAAUGAGUGUUGCUCAGAGCAAACCCCUGUAUCAGUUGCGCACAUGGCUAUGUUACUCAUAGUGUAGAAAAUUGCUCACAUCUUGAUGUAGAAAAAUU